AGCUUUAGUCAGAGUAGCCACCUUACUUCGAAUCAAAGAACUCACACAGGAGACAAACCUUAUAAAUGCUUGGAGUGUGGAAAGAGCUUCAGUCACAGUAACACCCUUACUUCUCAUCACAGAACUCACACAAGGGACAAACCUUAUACAUGCUCAGAGUGUGGAAAGAGCUUUAGUCAGAGUAGCCACCUUACUUCGCAUCACAGAACUCACACAGGGGACAAACCUCAUAAAUGCUUGGAAUGUGGAAAGAGCUUCAGUCGGAGUGACAGCCUUACUUCGCAUCAAAGAACUCACACGGGAGACAAACCUUAUAAAUGCUUGGAGUGUGGAAAGAGCUUCAGUGACAGUAGUGCCUUUAGUAAACAUAAAAGAACUCACACAGGGGACAAACCUUAUACAUGCUCAGAGUGUGGAAAGAGCUUUAGUCAGAGUAGCCACCUUACUUCGCAUCACAGAACUCACACAGGGGACAAACCUCAUAAAUGCUUGGAAUGUGGAAAGAGCUUCAGUCGGAGUGACAGCCUUACUUUGCAUCAAAGAACUCACAUGGGAGACAAACCUUAUGAAUGCUUGGAAUGUGGAAAGAGCUUCAGUCGGAGUGACAGCCUUACUUCGCAUCAAAGAACUCACACGUGA